AUGGCUGCCGAAAUCGCCUUUGAGCCGUUCCCUCUGACGCCUCUGGACCGCGCGAGUCCAGAGGUUUACACUGACUGUUUCAUGAUUUUUGAUUUAGAGAAUCCUCUGGAUGGAAUCCCCACGCUGCAAAGGGGCAUCGAUAGGCUGGUCUCGGAGUUCCCGUUCAUUGCGGGUGAGAUCGACUCCGGCCAUGUCAAAUGCCCUUCCCCUGCAGUCUCAUCGAUCCCGAUGCUUCUGGUCAAACACCAUCCGCAUACGACAUCGCCACCUGGUGGAUGGGAUAAAUCUCACUCCCCGCUGCCGCGCUUCAUUCCGUCAACUGAGCCGAGACCAGUCCUCAGAUUCCAAGCAAAUGUCAUGUCAAAUGGCAUUGUCCUCUGUCUGAGUUUCAGCCAUGCGGUACUCGACGGGACUGGAGCCGGCACACUGCUCGAGGCGCUUGCCGCAUGUUGUCGCGAAUCACCUGCGGACGAGCUACCAACAGACGUUGGCACAGAGAAAAGAUCGCGUGACAAUCUCUUUGAUGCAACCCUGCCUCACGAUAGGCGGAAAGACCACGACGCGGAAUAUACCAUUGAGCCACUGGCAUUCGAGAUGCCCGUGGAUAUCAGUACGCGCCGCCUUAUCUUCUCAUCCGAGAGCGUCAGGACUCUCAAGGACACCUGCACCGCUCUUCUGCGCGAGCAGGGGAUCGACACAGUGCAACUCUCGAGCAAUGAUGUCUUCACUGCAUUUCUGGCCGUCUGCAUCAGUCAGGCCCAGAACGCCUUAAAACGCCAUCCUAAAGAAUCAGACAUCGUCAUGGCGGUGAAUCUCCGCAACAAGCUCCAGCCAGCCAUCCCCGACAGUUAUCUCGGAAACAUGGUGACUGUCAUGCGCACCGAGUUCAAUCCGCGGCUUUGCCACUGUGCAGAAAUUGACGACGAGAGGAAAUCCCGCAUCGCAGAGCUUGCUUUCAAAAUCCGCACCAGGCUGACUUCCUUUGACGAUGAGCACGUUCGUAGCCUGGUUUCAUACAUCAAGGACCAGAAUGACUGGAGCAUGGUCAACAUGAAGUUUUCAGGCAUGAUGAGCAUCACCAGCUGGCGCCAUCUGAACGUCUGUGCCCUUGACUUUGGACCGGGUCUGGGGCGCAUUGGAUUCGAUGUGCCGACUGUCGGGGCACCAGAUGGAUUGUGUAUCCUGAUGCCACGACAGGCAAAAGCGGGAAGUGGUGGUCUUCACAACGCUCCGUGGGAUAUCUACCUCUCUUUGGACUCGCCGGUCAUGGACACUCUGAUGAAGGAUCCCUUUUUCUCUGCCGUGUUGGAACCAGCCGAGGUGUAG